AAAAUGAAAGGAGCAAAUGGCAUUUGUUGCUGAUACUCUGUCGUAGCCUUUGCCAGUCGUUUCCGGAGAGAUUCAAUUAUUGCCAGGCUUCUCUUCUUCUCCAUGCGGAUUCUGUCGGUACCAGACAGAGACUAGAGAAAGAGACAGGUUCCUGGAAGCCAUUUGCUUCUCUUCUUCUCCGCCUGGCGAUCGCCGAUUAUGGCCGGCGACGACGAGCCAUCUCUGACUCGCUGGACUUUCGAGGAUUUCAAAUUGCAUUACGAUGCGAAAUUCGGGAGAAAGAAGCCACGUCCUCAAUCACAGGAUGGCCAAGAAACUGACGAUAGAUCAAGGGGCUUGCCAAUUAGCGCACUGAACAGCAAUGGGCAUGUCAAGAACAUCGCUGAUGAUGGUCAUGUGAUGCAAUCGGACAGCUCGAAUCACGCUAAUGGAUCUGUCUCCAAUGGAACGAAUGUGAAACCGCGCAAACCCCUGCUUCCCCCUUUUGAAUCUGCAGAAACUCGUGCUUUAGCUGAAAGCUUGAGUAGGGACAUUAUCCAUGGAAGUCCUGACGUUAAGUGGGAAAGUAUCAAAGGGUUGGGAAAUGCUAAGCAAUUGCUCAAGGAAGCUGUGGUGAUGCCUAUAAAAUAUCCAAAGUACUUUACAGGUCUGCUUUCACCAUGGAAAGGAAUUCUUCUCUUUGGUCCUCCCGGGACAGGGAAGACAAUGCUUGCAAAGGCUGUUGCGACUGAAUGCAAUACCACGUUCUUUAACAUAUCAGCUUCGUCUGUUGUGAGCAAAUGGAGAGGGGAUUCGGAGAAGCUGAUUAGGGUGCUAUUUGAUAUGGCUAAACACCACGCACCAUCUACAAUCUUUCUCGAUGAAAUUGAUGCGAUCAUAAGCCACCGUGGUGAUGGCCGCGGUGAACAUGAAGCAAGCAGGCGUCUCAAAACUGAGCUGCUCAUACAGAUGGACGGCCUGACACAGACGGAUGAGCUCGUGUUUGUUUUAGCAGCGACGAAUCUUCCAUGGGAGCUUGAUGCCGCCAUGCUCAGGCGGCUGGAGAAAAGAAUACUUGUGCCGCUUCCCGAGCCAGAGGCAAGGCAAGCCAUGUUUGAAGAACUCCUGUCCUCAAGACCCGAGGAGGAGUCCCUACCGUAUGACCUAUUAGUCGAGAAAACCGAAGGUUAUUCGGGCUCGGACAUUCGGUCACUCUGCAAAGAAGCUGCCAUGCAACCGGUGCGACGUUUGAUGGCCGUAUUGGAACAAAGAGACGAAAUCAUUCCUGAUGAUGAGCUACCAAAAGUGGGUCCGAUUUUGCGGGAAGACAUAGAAGCAGCUCUGAGGAACACAAGGCCUUCGGCUCAUCUCAACGCUCACCGCUACCCCCCGCCCCCCCCAGCCACAGUGGUUCAGAAGAAAACAUGA